GAAACAAAAAGGCAUAAUCUUUGAACUCAACUACAGAGACACUUUCAAAGAUAUGAUGUGCGAUGCAGCAAAUCCAGAUUGUCAUCUUGCAAAUUCAGCCUAUUUCGAGGAAAUGAAACGUAAUGUAAAUGAAGGAGAAUUUAUUGUGACUCUUGAUUUUUCCGAAAAUUAUACUUGCCAAGUACAAGAUGCCGUGCAGUCUCAACAUUGGGCUAAUGUUCAGGCAACUUUACAUCCCUAUGUAGUGUACUAUAAAAAAAAUAACGCGGUCAAAAAUGAAAACUACGUCUUGAUUUCUGAAAAUUUGCACCAUGAUGCAAACGCGGUGCAUUUAUUUAACACGAAAGUCAUCGCCUACUUGAAAAGCAAAUUUGGUCAAACGAGUAUCAAAAAAGUGAUAUAUUUCUCCGAUGGAGCCGGAUCUCAAUACAAAAAUAAAUUCAAUUUGAGCAACUUGCUGCAACACAAAACAGGGCCCGAAUCGCGGCAUUCGUGAUCGAGCGAGCUAUUGUAUCGUAACAAAUUUCGUGACGUUUCGAGUAGCCGGAUCGCCGCACUCGAUACGAAGCGAAUCUAAAUUAGCUCACUGUAACAGCCCUGGCCUCUGUACAAAUGGCAUUUACGAAGUGUCAAAUUGUGAAAUCAAAACAAAAGAAAUCAAAACAAAGAAAGUUGUUGAAGCCGCGCUAAAUUUUUUUAAAAAGGUGAAAUACUAUUGUUUUAUCAAAAGUGAUGAAUCCGAUAAUUUUUUUAUAUUCGUCUUCGGAAUCUGAGGAAGAAAACGUGCAGCAAGUCAUAAGGAACCGAAUGCGAGACAAAAGCAAUCCCUUGACAUUGCCGGAGGCAGCCUUCAGGAAACGGUUCAGACUCUCUAAAAGUGCAUUUAACUAUGUAUUGGCUGAACUCAAAUUUGAAGGGCAUUUGUCAACCGCAGUGCCACCAAUGAUUCAACUGGGAGCGACUUUGUCCCUUUUGGCCAGUGGUGGCUACCAGCACUUGGUGGGAAAUGACUUUUUGAUAGGUAUAUGUCAAAGCACUAUUUGCAAAAUAAUCAAAAAUGUAGUCAGCGAAAUGGAAACAAAGUUGUGCCCCCAAUUUAUUAAAUUCGUGCCCGACAAUCUUUCGGAAUGCACGAAAUCGUUUGUUGAAAAAUACAAAAUUCCUGGAGUUAUUGGAUGUAUUGAUGGCACGCACUUUGGGCUGCAAAAACCAACGGUAAAUGAGCACAUGUUCUUCAACAGGAAAGGAUACCAUAGCCUCAACUCAAUGAUAAUAUGUGACCAUGAAUACCGCAUUUUAGCCAUUGACUCAAAGUAUGGUGGAGCCGCACACGAUUCCUUUGUGUGGAAGCAUUCGGCACAACGAAAGUUUUUGGAGGAGCAAUUUAACCAAAAUAACGUCAAAAAUGUUUGGCUUUUAGGAGAUUCGGGUUAUCCCUUGGAGCCGUGGUGUUUAACACCAUUCAGGAACCCUGAAGAAGGGUCUACUCAAGCUAGGUUCAAUGAGGCUCAUUCUAAAGCUCGCUGUGUGGUUGAAAGAACCAUUGGUAUCCUAAAGGGCCGUUGGAAAAUUCUCAGCAAUGACAAGAGAAGCCGUUACAAACCUGAAAAAAUGGCACAAUUCGGGAAUGUAUGUGCAGCGUUGCAUAACAUUUGCAUACAUUUCAAAGAUGCGUCGUAUUGCAGACAUUAUGCAAGUGAAACUAUCAACACAGAAGUGGAUAUGGGAAACGAAACUCAUUUAACCAAAAUUGGACACAAAAUUCGAAAUCAUAUAAUGUUGGCGCUAGAAAAUACAAUUUGAAUAAA